AUGAGAAGGAUCGCAUACAAUCUCUAUACCAUCUUCCUGUUUACGUCCAGUGAUAUCAAAACCAUGAUCCUACCCAGUAUCGCCUUCGCGCUUUCCCACUCAACUCACCUCUCCAAAUAUACCCUCGUUUCUCGCCUCCCUCUUAUGCUAUUAUACACAUGGAUCAAUCUUCUCGCAUUCACAAUCAACAACCAGUGCUCACACCGCUCCAUCGCAGAAGACACUCUCAACAAACCCUGGCGGCCGAUUCCGUCAGCAAGGGUAUCUGCAACACACGCAAGAACGCUAGGAAUCAUCUCCAUACCCGUCUCGAUACUUGUCGGCGCUUUAAUCGGGGGUGGAAUUACUCAGAGUGUUCUCAUUGCUAUUUUGGGAAUUUAUUACAACUACCUUGGCGGCGGUAGCGCCCACUGGGUGAUUCGGAACGCACUCAAUGCGAUAGGAUUUGUUUCUUUUGCCUCGGGGACGCUGGAGGUUGCACUGCAGGCUUCAAUUCCUUUCCCGAUCUUCCCGUGGAUUGCUUUGAUUGCGGUACUUAUUGGGUCGACUGUACAUGUCCAGGACAUGUAUGACCAGAUUGGCGAUGCGGCCGCGGGGCGUCGUACAUUCCCACUUGUGGUGGGUGACGCUGCUGCAAGGAGGUGUAUUGCCCUCGUCAUUAUGUUUUGGACUGUUUCCUGUCCAGCUUACUGGGGUGCUGGGAUUUUGGGGUUUCUUGCGCCUAUGCUGAUUGGGGGUUGGGAAGAGGGCAACUUGUUAGUAUCAGCCCCGACUUAA